ACGCGACGCGUAGCGCACGAGUAUGCACCGCGUGUGAGUGCCGCAGUGUAGUGGGGCAGAGGCCCAUACGUUCGAAAAUACAAAACGGAAAAAUUGACCCCCAGAUGGGAGUGUACGAAGAGAGGGGAGCGAUGCACUGGCAACAGAGUGAGCGGUACCUAACUUCGGCCUACGACACGGGCGCCGAGUUGUCACCUGUCGCGCCGGCCGCGUCGCCGGGCUCGCCGCGCGACUGCACCUCGUGCCACAAGCGCGAGCCGCCGGACGAGCCGCCGCCGCCGCCGGCCGACGACGCGUGCGCCGGCUGCGGGGCCCGCAUCACCGACCGCUACUACCUGCUCGCGCUGGAGCGCCGCUGGCACACCCCCUGCCUCAGAUGCUGCGAGUGCAAGAUGCCGCUCGACUCCGAACAGCGCUGCUACGCUAGGGACAGCAAUAUAUUCUGCAAGAACGACUAUUUCAGGCUAUAUGGUUCAAAACGGUGUGCGCGAUGCAACACGCCAAUAUCCGCUUCGGAGCUAGUGAUGCGAGCGCGGGACCUCGUCUUCCACGUCCACUGCUUCUCUUGUGCUCUUUGCAGUACAAGGCUGACGAAGGGCGACACGUUCGGCAUCAGGGAUUCUAAUGUAUACUGCAGGCUACAUUAUGAAACCAUGCCGGACUAUGGGCCUCACAUGCCCAUGCCAGGGCCGCCGCAAAUGUGUCCGGGGCCCUACGCCGGGCCCCCGCCGGGGCCGCACUACCCCCCUUACCCCUCGCCCGACUUCGCGCGGGUCGAACCCGAUGUUCCUAAAGGAUCCUUCUUCAACGGAGCGGCGGCACCACCUCCUCGACAGAAAGGACGACCUAGAAAAAAGAAACCGAAAGACCAAGACUUAAUGACGGCGAAUCUCGAUCUGAACGCUGAUUACCUGGAGAUGGGUUUCCGGGGAGGGGGUGCCCUGGGGGCGACCUCGCGCACGAAGCGCAUGCGCACCAGCUUCAAGCACCACCAACUGAGAACGAUGAAGUCCUACUUUGCCAUCAACCACAAUCCAGACGCGAAGGACUUGAAGCAACUCAGCCAGAAAACCGGCCUGCCAAAAAGAGUGCUGCAGGUCUGGUUCCAGAACGCGCGCGCCAAGUGGCGGCGCAUGGUGACGAAGCAGGAGAACAAGAUGGCGGACAAGUGCUCGCCGGACGCGUCGCUCGAGAUGGACAUGUACCACGGGCCCAUGGGCUCCAUCCAGUCGCUGCCGCCGCACAGCCCGCCCUACAGCGUCAUGGGCGGCCCGCCGAGCCCCAACUCGAUGGACUGCCCGUAGCCCCAGUUCUGCGCCUUAUGAGCGCCAUCAAACUAGUUAGAAAAUGUGUUUCCAAGAUACGCGCUCUUACCAAACUGUACAGAAGCUAGUGAAACAUUCUAACGCAACGUUAUGAGACUGUUUACAUCGACUGUAGUUUACGUGAAACUGACUGAAAUUCGUCGUCGUUAAAUUAGCAUAGGUCCUGUGAGUUAUGUAGUGCGGUGGAUUACAUUGAUUGUGAAAAAGGUUGUAUAUUUAUAUCAAUGAUGAUGCCAUCUGAACUUUUGAUAUUUGAAAUUUGGUGAAAAACAAUGAUUGCACUCUCUUGGAUUAAGAGUUUUAUUUUGGUUCCUUAGAUCAACCGUAUGUAUGUUUCGGCAAAAAUCUCAUUAGUUUCGCACAUCCGUCCAUUUUGUAUCUGGGUAAAUAUUAUGUUCUGUUGUCUUAUUUAUUGAACUCAUGUAGCAUUAUGGCAACGAGUAGAACAUGAUCAUCUCGUAAAUCGAUAUUAUAAUCACUUAAAUUUAAUUUCCUUAAGGAAGAAAUGUUUUGACAAAAAAAAUAUAUUUGAAGAUGUUAAUUAAUUUGUUGAUUUGUGAUGAUGGCGACAAAUUACCCUGGCAAUUUUUUAAUAAUUAUGUAUCUAAAUUAUUAUUUUAUAAAUUUAGAUAUUCCUCACUGUGCUUUAUUUGAACUGCGAAUAAAAAUAAUGUAUGUCAAAUUGUAAAAUAUAGCAAGAUGAAUGUGUAUUGUUCUUGGUAAAAAAUGUUAUAUGAAACAUUAAGAUUGUGGUCAGUGAUUUAAUAACAAGAUAUUAUGUAAAGUUCGACGACCGAAGCGGUUUUUAAUAUAUACUAUUUAUUUAUUGAAUUAAUUUAUAAUUUAAUUGAAAGCGUAAAUUUAGUGUAAGAUGUAGGUAUAUGCAAAAAUUUCCAUAAUAUAAAUAUUUUAGUGAUAUGACAUAGUAUUAAGAAAUUACAUUGGCUAUGGCCGCUCACUUACACGCAAUAAAUCGACUAUAUUAGUAUAGUCUCGACAAUAACAUUGAACGAUAUUCUAUGAGAUCCCGCGUACUGUGAAAUCUGCAAGAGUAAACGAUGUAACCUGACGCCCGCACACAUGCAAAAUUAUUGACAAUAAUUCCAAUAUGAUUGCGUUUGCGCGGGUGUGAGUGUUCACAAAUAGCGUACAAGCGUGUCGGUAAUAUUAUACAUAUUGAAAAAGACGUAGAACGGAUGUAAAGAGUAAUGAUCGUAUAGUUUUAGAUUUGUAAGUAGAAAGUUAUGCCAGAUAAGUACACGCACUGGUAGUUCCUUUUUUGUAUAAAUUUAUAAUGUAAUCUUAAAGUGAAUAACUUGCAAAAAUAAAAUGUGUUAGCCACAUAUGUAAGCGAUACUUCUCAUUCAUUCUGUAGAAUUUAGAAUAACGGUUACACUAAAUAACGAAUAGGCAUAGACAGGUGGCGCGGUCGACCGACGCGCGCAGUUGUUUCCAUUUCGGAUAACUUCCUCAUGUCACUAAAAUUAUAAUGAUCUGUUAAAUAAAAACUAUUACAUUUUU